AUGUACGAAAGAGCUUUAGUUCAUUAUGGUCUAGCUCAACAAAGACCAGAUGAAGAUGAUUGGGAACCACCACAAUUAGAUGGUUUACCAGAAUUAGAUGAUAUUCGAAGAAGAAUCUCAUUAUUAGAAGAAGAACAUAAAUCAAGAGGAAAGAUAAAUUUAACAGGUCAUGUGAUCAUGGCUUGUCAUGCAUUACCUUAUCAUUGUAGUUUACAUUUCAGUCGAGAUUCAAAUACCAACACAUCAGAUUUCAACAUUCCAUCUUCACCUACUUCUAAUAUUGAUGAAACAAUUGAAUUCAGACCAGGUGAUGAACUUACGAUGCCUAGAAGUUUACAUUCUCCUAUCAUGACCACACCAGCUGAAUUAUCACCAGAUGAAAGUAAAAGAUCAUCUACUCGACUUACACCUUUAACUUUAACAAGUAGACCGACUUCAUUAUUAGAUCAACCUAAACCACCUGGAAGUCCUCUCUUACCUGGAACACCAGCAAGACCUGGACCACCUUCUAGUGCAGGACUUUCAGAUCCUGGAAUCCCUCUUGAUACAUUACCAUCAGAAGAAGAUCGAUUCAGAUGGGUUUUAGAACCAAGAAGAGGUCAUGCAGCUCUAAAUGCUGGGAUCAAAUCACUUUCAACUUAUCGAUCCAUCACGCUUUGUGCCUAUCCUGCUGAUCUCACACUUGGAAGUGGUCAUCCAUUAGAUGCGGCUAAACUUUCAGAUGCUCAAACUCAUGCUUUAGAUGCUGGACUUCGAAAUUUAGCUAGAAGUGAAAUUAAUGAAAGUGGUAGAAGAGGAAUUGAGUGUGUACCUGUUUGGGCAGAUGAAAAAACCGCGGGUUUACAUUAUGAAGGGUUUUGUAAAAAGUGA